AUGUCUCAUACGACAGCGAUAAAUCAGGCACACUUCAACAAUCUUGCCGCCGAAUACGACACAAAAUUCAAAGCCGUACUUGGCAAUUUAGAGAGUCAGGUGAAGGCGAGUGCCGACUUCAUCGGCGUUCGUCAAGGAGAUCGGCUGCUAGACUAUGCGUGCGGCACAGGACUCCUGUCUUGGUCGUUGGGAGACCAUCUCUCUCAAUGCGUCGGGGUCGACAUAUCGGAAAGCAUGGUUGCCGUGUACAAUUCCAAGGCCAAGGACAAGGGAUUCACGCCAGAAGAGCGCAUCGCACACGUCGGCAGUCUCAUCGACGAGUCAGACGCGACCUGCUCGGGGUUUCCGAACUUGACGAGCUUUGACCUCGCCGGGGUCGGACUCGGCUUCCACCACUUCGACGACUGCCACCUCGCAGCGCGGCGCCUCAUCGAGCGGCUGCGUCCCGACGGCGGCAUCUUCUUCAUCCUAGACCUCGUCUCACAUGCCACAUCUGCCGAGCAUUGUGCCGCCAAGGGCGUAAAGCACCAGGGCUUCAGUGAAAGUCAAGUACGCGAAAUGUUCGAGGAUGCCGGAGCGGGAAAGAAUUUCAGGUUCAUGAUCGCGGAUGAAGAAGUGGCGUUUGAUCAUGCCGACGGCGAGGGCGGGAAUAAGGCGAGACAAGUGUUUUUCGCCAGGGGCGAGAGGGUGUGA